GCAGCACAAGAGUGUCUCACGCCAUUGCGGCAAGCUCUUUUUAACAUUUGCCUUCAAAGGUAGAGAGAGAGAAGAGAGAGACGAUGAGGAACCUUCUUCUCCUCAAACGAAUGGCAAAGGGCUCUUUAGUUGGAUCUUCUUCGACAUCAUCCAAUCACGCCAUCGCAGCUGCUGCUUCUGCAACCAGCUCUUUGCUUUCCUCUUCAUUUUCUUCACGACGCCAUGCAGUUUCCAUCCCAUUUGUUGAGGAGGAAGCUGAAACAAUUGUCUCUCCUAGGAGCUAUGUUUAAUGCAUAUAUUCAGGGAGUCUCCCGGAAUUUCUUAUGGUCUUAACUGGGCUCUGGCUGGAAAAGGUAUAAUUGUGAAGGAUAAAGUUUUCCGAAAUUUGAAGCCUUCUGAGCUCCAACAGAAAGGUGCAACUGUCGCAGAAACCAUGUCAAGGCUUCCAGUUCAUGUUAGAGGAAAUGUUCUUGGGGGAUCUUCAGAAAUUUCCAAGGCACAAUUUAGUAAACUUUUGAAGCAGGUUACAACACACAUAUCAUCCACCUCAGAUAUUUUCGUUCACGAUGGAGCUCUUGGCACAUCAGAAAAAUGUGAUGCAAAAGUUCGUAUUAUAAGUGAUAGUCCUUCUGCUGUACUAUCACUUUCCAGUGUUCUUUGGCGAGCCUCUACUCGUGCUGUUUCCCAUGAUUCCUGUCCUUUGACUGUCUAUGUUGCUACAUCCAUAAGUUCAAAUGCUGGGGAUAUUCUUGGUCUUGGAGCUCAAGGAAAUGAUGGUUUUGUUGCCGCUGAUGUUGAGCACUCUUCACUCAUUUUAUGCGGUAAAGCCUAUGCUGAUGCAAAUGGAACAAAAAAAGCUCUAGCUGCCUUGUCUGGACCUGUUAUAUCUUCACGGGGAGGUCUCCCUCUAUUUGCUAGGCUUCUAGUGUCUGGCGAUUCAGUAAUUCUUAUGUUUGCUCCAAAAGAUACCAUUAAAAGCUGCUCAGAUUUGUUGGUUUCGGUGGAUGCUGGUGUUAUUCUUUCUUCUCAGGGUGUUUCACCUUUAUUUCAAACUGGAAACUUGGGAAGAUCUCAUCUACUGAAAUUGCCGGAUGCUGUUAUUUUUGUUUCUUCUGAUAGUUCUGGUGUUGUUCCUUCUGUGUCAAAGAUCUCUCCCGGACAGGCAGCUUAUCAUUUCCUGGCGGGCUAUCAGAAUGGGAAGUUUGUGCCAGCAUACAGCGAGGGCCCAUCACCUUUUGACCCAUUGGAACUUUCAAAGGCUCUUCUGUCCAAGUUGGAAGACAAUCAAAUUUCAUCCUUCCUAAUUAACGUCAAUGAAGGAGAAAAGCAGACAACAGGAUCUAUUCUAGGUAAGGAUCUUGUUAAGUUGAUAGAAUCAGUCCUAUCCAAGAACAUUCCACCAUUUGAACCUAAAGGAGGAGCUCUCCUAAGAAAGUACAAGCGCUUUCUAUCGAGCAAAUUUCAAGACCUACCGGAGGGAUUCUCAUUCUGAAAUCUGUCAUUGUUAUCCUCGUUUUUGUUGUGGAGGUGUAGCUGUGAUUUCUGUUGUAAUUAAACUUUCUAGCCCUGGACAUUAGUCUGGAACCUACUUCCAAUCCACAAAAACUUAGAAUGGAGUUUCAGCUGUAAUUUUCCGGCUAAAGAUUGCGCGUCUCUUUGCUAAUUAGUCUAGAUUACUUUGAUGCAUUUGAAAAAUGAAAUAAUGUUUUGAUGAGAUAUUAAAA